AUGCUAGAAGAUACCCGAGUUCCGGAGGACACCGAAGCACCGGAAGAAACAGUGGAGGAAGAAGAAGCAGAAACGAACGUGCUUGCAGAUGAGGUCGAAACGAACGAGGUUGAGGCAGAAGAUGUAACGAAGGUAGAUGGGGCCGAGACCAGGGUGGACGAGAACGAAGUGUCAACCGAUGAGGUCUCAACAAAGGAAGUAGUAAACGAAUGCGCCGACGAAGUCACUCCAGGCAAAGCGGUGCUGGUCACCUCCGUAGAGCUGGAAGCAGAAGUCCGCGAUGGAGGCACAGGGGCAAUGACAGUCGGAAAUCUACCGGGCCAAACACCUGGGGGAGUGGUGCAAGUUAUAAGGCCGAAGUAG